CGGAAUCUCAAUUUAUCAUCUAUAAUUUCUCUAGUGAAGGUUCUUCAACUCUGUUGUGUGUUUUAUUGCUCGAGACCGCGAGAAGCCCAACGAUCGCUCUGUGGAUUUAGUUGUAAAAAGUCUCUUGAAUGGUUUACAAGUUAUUACCUUCCGUGGUUAGACAAUCUUUUAUAGAGCUUCAUCAGAAUAGUGCCUCUAUUGGUCGGUCCGUAUAUUGUCACAUUGAAAAGUUCAAGUUUGGAAAGAAUUUCCUGUGUCAGUGUUCAAAGUGUCUCUUUCUGGAUUAAAAUGCAGAGUGAUUCGUGUGAUUGAGUGCCCAGGAAUAUUCUGGAGUAGUGAAGAAGAGUUCGAGCAUCAUCACACCGUCAAUUGCCUCGAUUGUGCCACCCAAAAAUAAGAGAUCAGCUUGGAAUAAUUGACUGUGACGAUGUCAUAUGCGGGAUUGUCGCAGCAUUUGGACAUAUCUCGGCUGCCAUCGCCUGGAGAUCGCUUUGAGCUGCUGGACUUGAUUGGGGAGGGAACAUAUGGAGAGGUGUAUAGUGCAAAGGAUAAGCAAACAGGUCAAUUGGUGGCUGUGAAGGUGCUCGAGAAUAUUCCGGAUAAUGUUGAGGAGAUAGAGGAAGAGUUUCUUGUCUUCCGCGAUCUCUCGCAGCAUCCUAAUUUGCCAGCCUUCACGGGAAUAUUCCUGCGUCGUGGUGCCACAGUUGAUGACGAUCAAUUGUGGUUUAUUAUGGAACUCUGUACAGGAGGAUCUGUCACGGAUCUCGUACAGGGAUUGAGAAGUCGAGGUGCCAAGCUUACCGAUCAGCAAAUUGCCUUUAUCCUCCGGGAGACAGUUAAGGCACUGAUCUUCCUCCAUGAAAACCAUUGCAUGCACCGAGAUGUUAAGGGGCACAACAUCCUGCUCACAGAAGAUGCUCGCGUGAAGUUGGUGGACUUUGGUGUGAGUUCGCAUCUGGCUGCUACAAUGGCCAGGAGAAACACGAGCGUGGGUACACCGUACUGGAUGGCUCCGGAAGUGAUAGCGUGCGAACAACAACUCGAUCAGUCAUAUGAUGCGCGAUGUGACGUAUGGUCCAUUGGGAUCACGGCUAUUGAACUAGCUGAAGGUGAUCCACCACUUUGCGAUCUUCAUCCCAUGCGAGCACUUUUCCAGAUCCCACGCAAUCCGCCGCCAAAACUCUCGAGACCUGAACAAUAUUCACCAAUGUUGGUGGACUUUAUAGCUGAGUGCCUCGUGAAGGAUCUCGAACAGAGACCCUUCUCGCGACAAUUGCUUGCUCAUCCCUUUCUCAAGGGUGUGAUAAAUUUUGAGGACAAAGUUAGGGUGGAGCUUCAACAGGAAAUUCAGAGGCAGCGUCGAGAUGGAAGAACACCCCGUCGAGUGGAAGUUACCACGAAGCAUGGAAGAUUGCGUAGUGAUAGAAAAUCUAGACCGCAAAAAAUGUAUAUGGAUGAUCUUGCUGGCCUGGAAAUCCUUACUGAGGAUGCAAUAACAGAACAAUUGCAGAAGCGCUAUGAAUGCAACCAAAUCUACACUUACAUUGGCGACAUUCUCCUAGCUGUGAACCCGUUUGCCAACGUAGGACUCUACGGAAGUCACUAUCAAAAGCGUUACUUGGGCAGUGUAAGAUCAGAAAAUCCACCUCAUAUCUAUGCAAUCGCUGAUGCAGCUCAUCAAGCUCUGGUGCAUCAGAAGCAAAAUCAAGCCAUUGUUAUAAGUGGUGAGAGUGGAUCUGGGAAGACAGAGAGUGCAAAUCUUCUGCUCAAGCAGCUAGUGUUCUUGGGCAAGGCUCCCAAUAGAAACCUGGAGGAGAGAAUAUUGCAGGUAAAUCCGUUGAUGGAAGCAUUUGGCAAUGCCCGAACCGGUAUCAACAGCAAUAGUUCGCGCUUUGGAAAGUACCUGGAACUUACAAUGACUCGCAGUGGACGUGUAACAGGAGCAAGGAUCUCGGUGUAUCUACUCGAACAGAGCAGAGUGGUUCAUCAAGCAGACGGUGAAGGUAACUUCCAUAUCUUCUACUACCUCUACGACGGACUGCAUGCCGAUGGUAGAUUAGCUGAAUACCAUCUGGAUGAGGCCUUUAGACGUCACCACAAGUACCUGGCAGACACCUGCGCUCCUGUGCAGACAAACAUCGAACGGUGGCGCCAGCUGAAAGGUAGCUUCAAGGUGCUAGGCUUCCGUGAUGAUGAAAUGGAUACAGUAAACCGAGUUCUGGCGGCAAUUUUGAAUCUAGGAGAUCUUGAGUUCGGAGAGAUGGCUACUAAUGACAACACAGACAACAAAGCUAGAGUCAUUGAUGUCGCUCCCCUGCACCGAGUGUCCAAACUACUUGGAGUCGAAGCAAAUGAUCUUCUAGAAGCUUUGACUUCUAAUUCAGUUGUGACCCGAGGAGAAACCAUUACUAGGAAUAACACAGUUUUGGAAGCAGCCGCGGCAAGAGAUGCCAUGGCUAAAGGACUCUAUGGACGUCUUUUUGACUGGAUCGUCAACCAAAUCAAUCUUUUGCUCGUUUACCAUCGUCCAAAUGCACCUGAACAAUUGGCAGUUGGUCUUCUGGAUAUUUUCGGAUUUGAAAACUUCCCUAAGAACUCGUAUGAACAAUUGUGCAUCAAUAUCGCUAAUGAGCAGAUCCAGUAUUACUUUAAUCAGCACAUUUUUACUUGGGAACAGCAGGAGUACAUGGCCGAAGGAAUUCCCGUAGAUCUCGUAGAAUUCUCAGACAAUAGACCCAUUCUUGAUAUGCUUUUGUGUCGUCCUCUCGGUCUGCUCGCUCUCCUGGAUGAGGAGAGUCGUUUCCCACGUGCCACUGAUAAAUCCCUCAUUGACAAAUUCCAUCAGAACGUUAAGUCUAAGUUUUACAUUAGGCCUAAAUCCGAUGCUGCAUGCUUUGCCAUCCAUCAUUUUGCGGGACGUGUUGUAUACCAGGCAGAUGGUUUUUUGGAAAAGAACAGGAACUUCCUGCCAUCAGAAGUAAUUCAACUUGUUAGACAGAGUUCCUACGAUAUGGUUAGGUUUUUGUUUCAGUGCCCAAUUACUAAGACAGGAAAUCUGUAUUCUGCUCUCCAGGAUACUGGACCAAAACAGAACGUUGUGAAUUCAGACACGAAGGAACGAUGCAAUUCUCGAGGAUUGGCCUCACAAUCUCGAGCCCAACAAACCGUUUCUACCUAUUUUCGGUACUCCCUGAUGGAUCUGCUGCAGAAAAUGGUAGCAGGAUCGCCUCAAUUUGUGCGAUGCAUCAAGCCAAAUGAUGCCAAAGAAUCAAAACGUUUUGAAGCUCCCAAAGUACUCAAACAACUCCGCUAUACUGGGGUUCUGGAAACCAUCCGUAUCCGUCAGCAUGGGUUUAGUCAUAGAUUUCCAUUUGCUGAAUUUCUCAAGCGCUACUGCUUCCUAGCCUUCGGAUACCAUGAGAAGGUUGUGGCCAAUCGGGAGAAUUGUCGUCUGUUGCUAGUACGGCUGAAGAUGGAUGGAUGGGCAUUAGGGAAAUCCAAGGUCUUCCUCAAAUACUAUCAUGUAGAGUUUCUCUCAAAACUCUAUGAGGAACAGGUGAGAAAGAUCAUCUUGGUGCAGGCUUGUGUGAGACGUUGGCUUGCACGUACUCGCUACCUUCGGACAUUGCGCCGAAUGUCUGCGAGUGCAGUUACGCUACAGAAACAUGUCCGUGGAUGGCUCACGCGACGUCGAAUCUCUCUGUUGCGUGAGCGUCGCAAUAAGGAACGUCGAGAGCGAAUGGAGACGCGUGACGUUCGUCCAUCAAAACGUCAGGAUUCAGAUAGUGGAAAAGAAAAUUUAGAGCAAGCUGCUGUGGUAAUUCAGAGCUAUUUCCGAGGGUACACCAUCCGCAAGAAACGCUGGUGUGCAGAAAUGGAAGCUAAGACACGCCAAGCUCUGAACAAUGCCCGGAAUCGAAUCGAAGCGCAGAGGCUUCUGCAACGUGAAGGUUUGUCCAUGAAUGAAGCCUCACGAAUUGUACAACGCUUCUAUCGUACGCUAAAAAAGCACAGCCAGAGAGCUGAAGGAGAGUGUGCCAAGGUUGGAAAGAAGCCUCUGACGCCAAGGGAUCAGCAACUGGAGCUGAUAACCUUCUCACAGAAUGUGCACUUGUUGAAUCAGGAGAUGCACAAAAAUCUAAGGCGAAAUAAGCCUCCAGUGCGUCUCGAAGAAGUGGAAAAACUUCUACCGGACUACAAACGACCGCCAGGAUUUGUGCUCGUGCCAGGACUCCUUGGAGCUGUGCCAGGUGGAGAUGAUGUGGCACAACGCAUCCGACGCCCCUCGCGCGAGCACCGUUCCGAUGGAACUGCUAAUGAGGAGGUAUCCAAAUUUCUUUUGCGUACUCACGGGAUAAGUGACCUCUAUCUGGAUGAUGCUAAUGAGACAGCUGAUUGGGAUUUACCAUUUUACUGUUUGGAACAGAAAAUUAGAAAUCAAAGACGCCGCAGUUCUAGUCGAGGGACUCAGAGUCCACCCAAUGAUGUUCUGAUGGUGCGAAAUGAGAGGAAGAUUUCGCCUGGAUGGCAGCAAGCCCUCCAGACAGAUGCUGACCGGAAACUCAGAGGAAUUGUGAGAGCCAAAUUGGCUGCUGGAAAAUUCUCAGAGAUGGUAAAAUUGAUUUUGGGGAUUUUUCAAUUGCCUUAAGAGUGAAUAUUUCUCUUGCAGCAAUCUUAAAGCCGUGCCAGCUUUCAGUUACUUGAGUCCCAAUACAAAUACCAAUCCUGUAGUUACGGACCUCAAGCAACUCCUACGACAAUCACCACCUUCGGCUAUUGAUUCCUCACCUCAAAAGCUAAAAAAUACCAAUGUGGCCCUGGAAAAUUCCCAGACUCAUUUGAAAAAUGUCCUGGGUUUGGUGUUCCAUAAUAAAUCACCACAACAGCGUCCGAAGAAAGAGAAGCGCGAAAAGAAAUCUACAGAGGUCCCAGCUUUGGCUCAAAAAGUAGCUUCAAGGCGCAUCCUUCAGACCCAUGAGUACCAAAAUGUCAACGAGGAAGCAAAGAGCAAGGUAAUGAAGAUUCCGGUAUUCAGGAAAUUCGGUGAUACGAAUAUUCUCGUUAAGAACCGGAAGAAUCUCUGCAUGAAUAAUGUGGCUUCUGGGACCAAGUUCAAUGGCAUCUAUCGGCCCAACAUCACAUCCUUUGCGCAGAUGAACAGAUCCCCACCGCUGCCGGAGUCCACAUCACCCCAGCACAAGUACUCCAACUUCAACAUAUCCAAGUACCUGAACAUCGAUGUGAAGAGCAAGGUGUCAUCACGGGAGUCUUCGCCCAACCUCACUAUGUCCACCAGCUCCUCGGCCAAGUCAUCAGCUGCCUCUCUGGAUCCCAGUGAGCGCACGGAACCAGCCUCCUACCUCGGUCCUUUCAACUUUCGCCAACUGCUGCGGCCUACUCAGGGCCCUACGGAGAGUCUACGCAAGCGUAAGUGCCUAAGUCCGCCGACGCCACCUCCUCCGCAGCGUGGUCGCAGCUUCAACUAGAUCAAGGCCCAAAGAUUUAUCUCAUCUCAGCCCUCAGGAGGGCACGCAUUAUUGAGUGUUUGUCAGAGAGAAAUAAAAUAUGUUUAAUGGAACAUUUAAAA